AUGGUAGUAGUGAGACGAGGGACUCUUCAUUCACCAUCGAAUAGUCCUGAACGGGUGACUGGCGAGUUGAUGAACAGACUCGCAUUCUCUUUGGAUGUCAACGAUUUAAGCAGUUUCAGAAGCAUUGAACCUAAAAAAGGGCAAGGACAUCCGUACAUACGGCUGAUUUGUAAAGAUGGUAGCAGCUUCACCCCACUAUAUUUUACCACGGAAUCAACAGUGGGCUUUGUCGACGUUCUUCAGAGAUACAUUACAUUGCGGAGGUCUGCUCGUGAACCAAAUCUUGUCCUAGUUGUGGAUGGAAAGACAGAGGCACUUGCUCAGAGCGUAAUCGCUUUGGGACAGAACGACGAUGUUUUGUCGCGUUUUAUGAAGAACCCCUACGCAGCUGCUCUGACCGGUUUCGGAAAGAUAACUUCAUUCAUGCAAGAGCAGAUGAUUCCUGCUCUGCUUGACUCGGAUGAAGUAAGCCAAGAAGAGCAAAUACGCGCAAUGCGAGAACUUUGUCAAAGAGAAGAUGAUGCUUCAAAACUUCGGGUAAAUCUGGAUGCUAACUCGGAGUUCGAGCUUGUCACCCAACUUGAACUUCCACCUCGUCCUGAAAUUUAUAGAGAGUCACCAGUUACUCAGGAAAUCUGGGACAAAUUCAAAAUGGCUGACGGAACUGUUGAUCAGCCGAACAUUCACCACCUGAAGAUGAACGUAUUUAGAGGAGGCUUGGAUCCUGAUUUGCGUAAAGAGGCAUGGAAGUACUUGCUCGGUUACAGAGCUUGGGAUGAAACUAAUAGCCAGUUUGAUAAGAAACGAGCAAAACUAGCAAAAGAGUACGAAAGGUUGAAAGCUCAGUGGCUGUCCAUCAGCGAAGACCAGGAGUCACGUUUCUUUAGCUACAGCCAGCGAAAGGGUCUUGUAGAAAAAGAUGUUGCGCGUACCGAUCGAUCAAUGGAGUUCUUUAGCGGUGACGGGAAUCCGAAUCUGGCGAUGUUGCAAAACAUUCUCAUGACUUACGUCAUGUACAAUUUCGAUCUUGGUAAGUUUUUUGCAGCUCCGCUCUGGAAAGGAAACGUUCGAUAG